AUGGGAGAACACUCAAAAGCACUUUCAUUUUACGAAAAAUCGCUUGGAAUCUAUGAAAAAACUCUUCCCGCAAAUCAUCCUUCGUUGGCUAUUUCCUGUAACAACAUUGGUUGUGUGUAUGCUCUCAUGAGAGAGUACUCGAAAGCACUUUCAUUUUACGAAAAAGCACUUGGAAUUCAAGAAAAAGCUCUUCCUGCAAAUUAUCCUUUGUUAGCUAUGUCGUAUAACAACAUUGCUGUUAUGCAUUAUAACAUGAGAGAGUACUUGAAAGCACUUUCAUUUUACGAAAAAGCACUUGGUCUUCAAGAGAAAACUCUUCCUGAAAAUCAUCUUGAUUUAGCUACUUCUUACAACAACAUUGGUACUGUGUAUGAUAAAAUGGGAGAGUACUUAAAAGCAAUUUCAUAUUAUGAACGUGCUUUGAACAUUCUCAACAUUUCAUUACCACCAAAUCAUCCUCAUAUUAAAACUACGACAGAGAGUGUUGAAAUUGUAAAAAAGAAAUUAUAA